GGGCGGGGAGGGGGGUGCGCUGCUGGACCGGAGGGGGGUGAGGCUGGUGGACGCCGCGCAGCUGCUGCUCACCCUCGCACAGCUGACAGCUUCAACUAUAGACGAUCCAAAAUGUCAGUCAACCCUGCUAAGAUCAGCUGAGGAGGUGUCAACAUUGGCUGACAAGGUGGAAGACACGUGGACCGCGCUGCUGCAGGAUCCACAACAAAAGAACACAAAAGACCAACUUUCAUACAAGAAGAAGGAACUACAGAAAGCGAUUGAGCAGUUGACAGCAGCUUGUAAAGAUGCAACCGAUACAACCCUUAAGCCAGCAAAACCAGCAGUACCAAAAAGAGCAACUUUCUUGGACCACAGAGUACAAGAAGAAAAACAACAGCUUGCCAAGUGUGUUGAUGCAGCGAUAAAGAACAUCGAAGAUACUGAAGAGGAAAUCAAAAAGAUACGUGACAUAGAAAGUGUGGAGGUGGGGCGGGGGGGUGCAGGGGAGGGUGCGGGGGAUGCGGGGGAGGGUGCGGCGGCGCGCCUGCAGAGGAAGCUGCUGCUGGCCAACAUGGCCGCAUCACAUCUCGUCUUGUGCAAUGAUCCAGAGAGAAUUAACUACAAAGUGGCGUCUAAAUCUGCAACGAACUUAGCUGAACUGUUCCCGACUAUUGUUAAAGAUACAUCUGACCUUUACAACUGUCCACAUCUCCAAGGCAAACCAAUCCUUGACGACAGUCUAGCUCUGUGCGAGGCGACUAAAACUUUAUGUAGAACUGCUAAAGAUAAUAAUGAAAAAUUGAAUGAAGCUGCAGUUGACUUCGCGAACAAAUCUGCUAAACUUCUAUACUGUAUCGACUCGCAAGUGGACCCCGAACAAGAAAGACAGGUGCUCGGUCGAGCAAAAGUGAUAGGUGACUGCGCGUCCCGGCUGGCGACGUGCGGGGCGGCGGCCGCACAGCUCGCCGGCCCGCUCGCUGACAAGCUGGCUGACGCCGGCACGCACUGCGCUGACGCCGCCAGCAAACUGCUCUACGUCACCAAGCUCGUAGCUCCGCUGAUCCAAUAUCCAGAAAGCCAGAGUAUUCUGCUGACGGCCGCAGAUCAGCUCUCGUCGCAAGUCAAACAAUAUUCAUCUAUUUGGAAACCUCUGUCUUCACAACCGGAACAGUCAACCUCAAUAAAUGAUUUAGAAGUUGAAUCUAAGAGUCUGAAGAAACUGUUGGAUGAUCUGAAACAUGAUAUUAAGAAUGAAACGUUGGUUAGAAGAAGGAAAGAAACUAUGAUAAAGGUGGAGAAUUCCCCGAUGCGACAACUGGCUACAGAUAUUUUGUAUAAUUAUAAGUCAAACAUGGAGUGUUCUGACCUACCGAUGGAGGAGCGCAGAAGAUACGCGCAGGAUGCAGACAAACUGGCCGCUGCUAUCAAAGAAUUGGAUGCUGCUAAUUCAUAUUCCAAACAAUCUCCUGACGAUAUAAAUAAGCUUCGUAGAGUCGAGAACGCAACUCAAGACCUACAGAGGAUGGUACUGCAGAGCAGACAUGGUGGUAGCGAGGGACAGACCAAUGUCGUUGAUGUUAUGGACUUUGUCAAAGAUCUAGCGGCUAAAAUAGAAGCUUUAUCUAAAAAGGCUCAAGAUACAAACGGAGAAUACGGUAGAAAAGAACUUCAGAUGAUCAAGGAAGAAUGCAACAAAAUGUCAGCACUAGUAAAAGAAACGAUGAGUCCAUCAGAGGUCUACGAACAUGAUGGUCUCACGGAUGACAUGCUCCGCAUCGAAGGUUUUGCUUUGACUUGCGAGAAAGCUAUGCAUCGAAUGGCUUCCGCUGCAAGAAAUAUUGAUGAUAUUAAAUCAAGGAGAACUCUACAAAUCAAGAUGCAAAACCUCACUGAUAGCAUUAAUAUGUUAAGGUUUGCAGUGAAGGGCGCAUUGGCGACAGCUGACAGCGCGGCUCUGGAUGAAAGCCUUCACGACCUUACGGAGCUGGAAAAUAAGAUAGACAGCAUGCUACAGCCAAAUUCAAGUUUGAAUAUUCCUCGUAACGAGGGAGAGGUGGACAGCGCAGCUCUGUCCGCGCUGUGCUGUGUGGCGGCCUCCCCGCACAGCGCGGCGGAGCAGCUGACGCCAGCACUCGCUGCGUAUGUCACUGACCUGCGCAUGCGCACUCAUAUCAACGAUCCUAAGGAGAAACGCAGGUUGGAAGAACAUCUGAGAAAACUACUUCUGCUGCUACGAACUCUGAUGAUAGCUACAAGCCGUCGUCUUGCCACGUGGCAGGAACAGGACACUGCUGAAGAUAUGCUUAUAACUGACCAAAUUAUACAGGAGCUCGAAGACUUUGACUGCGAUGGAAAGAGCAAUGGAGAACAAAACAAAGUUGUAGACAAUGUGGAUGUGAGACGACUCCUGCUGCCAUCUAGUGACGUUCAUAUGGAAGGAGAUACAAAUGUUCUUAAGAAGAAGUUCCAUCAGACUGCAUUAAAAUUGGACUCUAUGAUCGGGACAGUAACGUCCAGUAUGCAGAAACCACAGAACCUGUCUCGUAGUCUCCACACGGUGACAGACGUCGCCAUAGAGUUGGAUACAUUAGCGCGCGCUCUCAGGAAUGAUGAGAACCGUAUCCAGAGUCAUAGGAUAGAGGAAUCGGCGAAAAACAUGCGUUUUGCUACUUUCAAUUUAUUAAAAGUCGCUGAGCAAGUCAGUAAGGAAGGCGACUCUAUGCAUACAAGAAGACGUCUCUUAGACGCUAUCCGAUCUCUGAAUGACUCCAUAAAAAAAUUGAGUCGUGUCACCGACCCGGAUGAAGUUAGCAAGGAGAUGUUGAGCAGUUUGAAGCUGCAGACGAGCUACCUGCAGAAUGCCAGCAGAGAGCAGCCGAGCAGCGCGCGAGGUUACGCGGCCUGUCUGCAAGCUGUGCUGGACCACACCGAUCUUAUAUAUAAAUUGAAAAAUGACGAAGCUAUGACUCGAGAAGAGGGUUAUUCUACACUACAAUAUAUUACAUCGUCUGUGUACAACACAUCAGAACAUGCGGCACAAUGCGUUUAUCUUAUAUCAAUAUCAGACAAGUACAAGGAGUGCGCCAGAGAAGGACUUCCUAAUGUGAUAAAGAUUCAGGAACUUGCUGAUACCAUGCAGGAUAACUGCGUCAGAAUAAUGUGCUCCGGAAAUGUAAAUCAGAUUAAGCAUUUACAAUCGGAAUUGAUUGAAAAUGAGCGACAACUUCAAGCUGUCAUAAUUGAGUCCAAGAACAAAAUUAUUGACUUAAAUGAUAAGAAUGACCUGACAAUUGCCGCUACUGAAAUAAACACAUCAAUCAAGGAGCUGGAUAGUACUUUGCAGAACCCUAAUUCUAGUACGACACAAAUCAGUUCAUCAACUCUGAAGAUAUUUGACGCCAUAGCUGUCCUCAAUGCUGUCAUCAAGAGACCAACUCUGCUACCAAAAGUGACCAAUCUGUCAGCAGAGACAUCAUCAGCGUGUAAUGAUGUGGUUAAGAAUUCUAGUGAAUUGUUGAACAAGACUGUCUCCCUGGUGAACACCAUCAACAGCAAAGAUGGUGUGACUUCCUGGAAGACGUUCGACAGCAGUCGUACAGCUCUGCUGCAGGCGUUUGAUGCACUCGUCAACACCAUCAAAGAGAACGGUCAGCGCGCUGGGCUGCUGGAAUCAAACCAGAUACAGGAAGAAGAGGAACCAGAGGUUCAAAAGAAGAGUCACUUGGAAACUCAAAUGGAUUCAGCAAAGAAAUGGCUGCAGACAACAAACUCCAGCGAAGACAUCAGAUCUAAUGGAAUACAAGGUGUUAUAAAUGUGGUGAACAUCGCUAAACAGAUGGUAGAAGAUUUGAAUGACAUUGAUAAAGAAGAGAUGAAUCAAACCAUAGACGAAGUGGAGAAACUAUCGAUGGAAUGUUCAUUUAAAUACCAUAAAGAAAAGUCAAGUCUCCUGUGGGAGCGUUUGCAGGAAUUAAAGAAGAUGUUAGAUCGUUUCGUUGUGACUCGAGUCGUGGAAGAUUUCCUGGAGGACGGCACUGCAUUGGACGAUCUUGAACUUCUUGUAGAUGUUGAAAAAGAUGAGGCGAAGAGAAAGUAUCUUCUGGAGCUGAAGAUAGCCGAGUUACUGGCGCAGAUGAGCAGAGUGACGAGGACUGCGAGGUUGGCGGCGGAUGCUGGACCUCCACACGUGGGCAAUGACCUCACCCAGUGCAGUCAACAGGUGGAACUUUUGGCACCGACAUUAGUGAAAGCUACGCAAGAAAGAAUCAGUUCACCUCAACAACAGGCAAUUAUUGACAAGUACAAAGCUCUGAUGGCUGAGUACACGGAGUCAAUGUCCAAGGUUCGAAUACUUUGCGACCGUUCUGUUGACCCUGUUGACUUUGUGCAAGCUGCAGGUGAGACAAUGCAGCGCAUGCGCGAGCAGUCAGGCGCGCAGGAUGAUCCUCUCAAGUCUGCUCACACCUCAAACCUCAUCACCAAGUUGGGUUGGCGCGUGCUGGAGGCGGGGCUGAACUCUCGUCACGCGGCGCAGGACGCGGAGCUGCGACGUGCGCUGGCGCAGGCUCAGCGCCGGCUGCAGGCCACAGCUCCCGGCGCCGGAACACGCGCCAGCCACCACCGGGACUGGCGAGAUGUCACUGCUGAGAUAUUAAGAACUACGAACGAGGUGGAGUCUGCUCUGAGCGGUGAAAAUAUUUUCCAAAAACAACUUGAUCCAAAUCAACCUAUCUUUGCUGCUGCGCUGGACCUGCACGCGGCGGUGCGGGAGUGGUCUGCGCGGGACAACGAGAUAGUGGCGGUGGCAAAGCGCAUGGCCGUGCUCAUGGCGAGGCUCUCUGAUUACAUGAACCAUGACAAGAAGCCGGAGGUGAUCGCGACAUCUAAAGCUAUAGUGAAGGCUUCCAUUGAAGUGACGAAGUUGGCCAGAAAACUGGCGCUUGAGUGCUCAGAUCUUAGGAUUCGUUCCAAUCUGCUGCAGGUGUGUGACAGGAUCCCCACCAUCAGCGCACAGCUGAAGAUGUUGACCACUGUCAAAGGCGCCUCUCUCGGACAUGACAAUCAAGAAGACAAGGAAGCGAUCAACAUGUUAGUUGGUAACGCGCAGAACUUGAUGCUAAGUGUACAAGAAGUGGUGUCGGCGGCGGCGAGCGCUUCUGUGAAAAUAAUGUCGCAGCGCGGGACACGCAUGCGCUGGGUGCGCAAGAAUUACUAUGAUUAUUCCAAAGAAUAACUUUUAUAACUUUUAUUUUUAUAUAAAAUAAAUAUGUAAUC